AUGAACGUAGCGAUGAACUUUAUGAAACGCGUAUUGCAGCUCUCCACGGAUGGCCAAAUCGAACAACAGAAGAAUCAGAUUUUCCAAAAUCUGAGGAGAAACGAUUAUCCCUCCUCGCUCAUAAACAGGAUGAUGAACCGCAUUACCAACAACAAUGCGCCUCCACCACCCACUUGCCAAAGACCACCUCCACCACCACCGCAUCGCUCUCCAUCACCGCCAUCCCCAGAACCACCACCUCCUGCGCUGCCACAAAUCACCCCAACGUCAACACUGCUGCUGCCAUCUCCGCCACCUCCACCACCACUACAGACACCGCUACCGAAUCCAUCGCCACCGAAUGCUGCAAAUCCACCAACAGAACAACAACAAAUUAACAGCACGCAACGAGAUCAUCAUCACCAAGUCACAGAAGUCCUCUAUCGAUCGAUGCCAAACAUUCCAACACUGACCCGUACCAUCUCCAUCAUCCUGAAAAAAGAUUAUGAUCAGGUAAAAAUAGCCACCAGAAACAUCAAAACAACAAAAUCCCUGCUAAAAACAAUCAAAGACCCAGUCCCCCCAAAUGAUCAACAUAACGUUGUCUACAGUACUCCAUGCAAUAACUGCGAAGGAGUCUAUAUCGGAAUGACUAGCAACCAACUCAAAAAGCGAAUGAGCGGACACAAAUCAGAUGUAAACAAGAUUGUUAACACACCAACAGACAUAACUCAUGCAAAAACAGCUCUCACACAACACAUGAUCGAACACAACCACACCUUCAAUCUCGACGGCACAAAAAUAGUAGAUCGCACUUUCCGAUCAACCGCCCUACCAAUAUUAGAAAUGUGCCAUAUACAGAACACAUCUAAUACCAUAAAUUUCCGCACUGACGUAGAUGGCCUCAAUACAGCCUACGCUGGCAUAUUGCAUACAAUCAAAAAAGCCAACUCUCGCAGAGAGCAACCUAGCAAUAGCACACACAGCACACACAAUUAAUGUUAGAUCAAGUUCUACGGAUAAACUUUAUCCAACUACACGAAAGCUCUACCUUGUUUCACCCGCCAUCUUUGAACCAACCGUUGAAAGUCAUAUUGUAAUAGCACAGUCCAGGUCGUUGAUAAUAGGUGUGUCCAGUACAGUGUCCCAAAACCAAAAAUUAAAUAACUAUUUCAAAACCUAGGCAUACAAGAAGCACGCAAUGAUACUCUCGGCAUUACUAAAUGUAACGAAGAACGACAGACAGUUUUACCCUUGAAAAAGGCCAAAUACACAAGGCCGAAACGUCGGGCAAUACAAAACCAGUCGUUUUGAAUUUCCCUAGACUGAGAAAGCCAGUUCGAAAACAU